GCAGUAAUACAACCCAGCAAAUCCCGAGUCGUCAUUAAUGCAAAACGGUGAUUGCCAGUGAUUGAAUGAAUGCUGCAGAACCGUGACUGCGAUAGACUGUACCACCAGCUACGACUACACCACGCACGCACGCACGGUACGCAGCUACCUUACCUUACCUACAACUGGACCCGUCAAGGCCUAGCCGCGUCAACGGUGGUGUGGUGUGUAUCAAAGUAUCCAGUAUCAAAAUAUCAAAAUAUCAAAAGGAUCCCAGUAUCCUAGUAGGAAACAUGAAAUGGGAAAGGGAAAGAGGUGGGUGGGCAUCAUACGCCCCGCUGUGUUGGUGCGCCUUUGCCCGUCUCGGACUCGGACCGCGGCCACGGUGACAGGUGCGGUAUGACGAGUAUGAGAAAUGGGUGAGGGGGAUGGGUGCACGGACAUUGACGGUGAUGAUGGAUGAUGGAUGAUGGAUGAUUCAUCGACGUUCGAUGAAGAAGGCGGACGCUCAACGGGUCCCUUCUCUAAUCACGAGAGUGGCAAUCGGGGUGCCGCAAAACAGGGACUCGACACUCGACACUCGACACUCGAAACGGACCUGUCAACUUGUUUUGCGGGACUGUUUCAACCCGUGUGGGGAAACUCGAGAUUGGCAGUGGCAACAGACAUGUGGGGACGUUCGGUGAGACGGUGAGACAGACGACACGACGGUGGGGCUCGCGCCACUCUAUCACUCGACCCCAAGGCGGCAGGAUAGAUGAGCCUGCGUACAUAGUGCCACAACUGAUUCGUAACAAAGUUAGAUAGCUUUCUGUCCGUGUCCGUGCUGCAUGAUCAGCACGGGGCCGGGAGGAAUAAGCAUCAGCCCCGUGGGUAGCUUUGGGAAAAUGCGCGCACGUACUACUGCGCACAUUGAACCCAAUGUCGUACAAUGUCGGCCUAUGUGGGAUAAAAUGCCGCAGGCAAAAUUGAAUAUUCCCCUUGUUCCGCAUUCGACACUUAUUUCCAGACGAGACCUUCGACAUCUUUUUCUUCUUCCGAUCGUGUCUGUU